AAAAGCUAAUAUUGUACACGAAUUAGCGCGUUGCCUCGCACCACUCACCGACGACGCUCUCAACGCUCUCGAGCUUCUCGAGCUCACUGGCUCCACCUUCUACACCUUCUUUUCUCUCUCCCGCUCACCGUCCUUGCGUCGUGGCCUUCAGAGACAUAAAAUAAGUAUUGACCACAUUUGCUCCAAGUUGCACUCUGCAGAGCCACCAGUUCAUAACACGGUGGUCGUGAUAAUCACCUGUUAUAUAAAAUGUCGUACCUCCCCAUGGCUUCAUCACCGCAGGCCUCACUUUCCUUCUCCCCAUCCUCCUCCGCCAUAUCUUCCAAUACCCCGAAGAAGCACCGCCCUGCUCACUUACCACUCCCGUCAUCAAACUUCAGCGCUGCACCUGUGCAGCGCUUUCAGGACAGCGUCCAGGCUCUUCAAAGGUCCGCAAGCUUGGGUUCAAAAUCUGGAAUUCCACACAAUCGUUCCAUAUCUAAUGCCGCUAGUUUCAAACCAGCUUUUUCGGCUCGUGGCCCAAGAGACUAUCCUUUAACAUCUCCUCCGAAUGUUACCACUUUUCAACUACCCCAAAUUCCAAGUACAACUCAUGCAGGUGGAAUUCUACCUUCCUCAUCAUUCUUUCGCCCUUCUAGGCCAGUCCAUUCUCGUCCCUCAUCAUCCAUAUCCUUGACCUCCAAUGAUAUCCCUCCUGCUCCCCAUUCGGCCCCCCCAGAUCAACACCCUUUAUCUAUCUUGACUAGCAAUAUCUCUCACGAAUCUGACUUGAGGAGCUAUGGUGAUCCUGCUUCCAUAAGAGAUACAAGUCGUCAAUUAUCUAAGCGGCUAAAGCAAAGUCGUGAACCUCUACUCCCCCUCAACAACAAGCAGGUCGUUGCAAGUGCCAGUGCUCCCGCCCGCACUUCCAUACAUUUAGAUCCUUCCUACAAGAUAACAAGUACAAACCGAAUGCGACACAGCUUCGAUCGCGUGUUCCGCGGUCUUAGCUUCGAUAGCAUACGGAGAUCUACUAGUAGCCUCGGACAUACUUUGAGUCCCCGCUUAUCUUACGCAGAAGAGCAUCCACCCUUCCCCCGUAAUCCCUCUGUCGAUAACUUAACACCCCCUCCACACCGAACAAAAUCACCUCACUCUCCGCCACUCAUUCGCAUUGCUUCUAGCGAUUCUCAAUCAUUCUCUGCAACACCAAACCAUGUCUUUAUAUCAGUCCCCCCCGAUAAUCAUGCCCCGCUCUCUGCGAUCCCUCGUGUUCCUAUGCAACGCAUAUACCAGCAACAUCCAUCGCGCAAUCGAUUCUUCUGCAGCGGCCGGUUGCUUACAGGUGGCGAUUCUCCUUGGGCUUUCAUUGCGUCCCUUACACUCGUGCUUGGUCUAUCUGGCGUGUGGUUUGGAACAACAUGUGUAUGGUUUUGGCAUAAUGAAAGUCCCGCUAUCGCGGCAGUGGGAGCGUACAUGACCUUGUUGACUGCAUGCUGUAUGCUGACUACGGCAUGUCGUGAUCCUGGCAUCUUGCCUCGUAAUUUAGACCCGGAUCCGCCUUUUCCUCCUACGUCACCUUCAGAUGAUGCCGUCAGGCAACCUUUGCCCCGGGAUCUUAAGGUCCGCAAUGACAGUGUACGCAUCAAAUACUGCUCAACGUGCAAAACGUAUCGCCCACCUCGAUCUAGCCAUUGCAAAAUGUGCGAUAACUGUGUCGACGGGUGUGAUCACCAUUGCCAGUGGGUGAAUAACUGCGUUGGACGACGCAAUUACACCUUUUUCUUUGCGUUCCUGGUGUCUGGGGUGUUGACGCUAUGCCUCGUAAUCUGCACAUCCGCAUUACACCUCUACCUUCUUACUCGUCGAGAUGGUAUUAAAUUCAGCAGUUCGUUGAGGGAAGGCGCAGGUAGUGCUGUGGCAUUCUCGUUGGCUAUCACCGUUAUAUGGCCGGUCACGGCCCUUCUUGUCUAUCACAUGCGGUUAUUAUUGCUAAACAUUACCACUAUUGAACAAAUUAGAAACCAAGCGCACAAAUCUCUUGUGGAAGGUCCGGCUCCUCCCAACCCGUUUUCAUAUGGCUCAUGGCGACACAAUCUCAUGGAAGUGUUGUGCCGUCCGGCAGGAUUUUCAUGGCUCGAUGCUCAUGCUCAAGCUACUGAAGACAAGCGGCGGAUAAAUCCUGGUCUUGAAGAUGCUGGCCCGAGGUGGGAAGAGACAGACACUAGAAGAGCCGCGGAAUAAUUUAUUACGAUUUGAAAUUGAGGUACUUUUAGCUCUGGCAAUUCAAUUUUUUGACUUGCACUGCUCUACUUGGACGUGGUUCCAUUGGAAACCUCGUGCAGCGGGGCGCCAUCAUAUCUUCUUCAAUA